AUGUCACGACGACUUCGCACACUCAGGACAGAUGAUGUGGAUAAAAACGUUUGGGUUGAAUUCACGCAACUGGCAGCAGACUAUAAAGCAGUGAACCUCGGUCAGGGAUUUCCUGACUUCUCCCCUCCUAAAUUUGUCCAGGAGGCUUUUUGUGAAGCAGUGAGCGGAGGACCUUCGAUGCACCAGUAUACUCACGCUUUUGGUCAUCCUCCUCUUGUUAAAAGUCUGGCUAAAUUCUUCAGCAGGAUUGUGGGACAUGAGAUUGAUCCUCUUGAAGACAUCCUGGUCACAGUCGGAGCUUACCAGGCUCUCUUCUGUGCAUUUCAGGCUCUGGUUGGUGAAGGUGAUGAGGUCAUUAUUAUUGAGCCGUUCUUCGACUGCUACCAGCCAAUGGUGAAGAUGGCUGGAGGAAAGGCGGUAUAUGUACCUCUGAGGCCAAGAGCUGAGGGCAAAGCCGCCCUGUCAAGUGGAGACUGGGUUCUUUCUGCAGAGGAGUUGGCCAGUAAAUUCACUCCACGCACAAAAGCCAUCGUCAUCAAUACUCCCAACAACCCAUUAGGCAAGGUUUACAAGACUGAAGAGCUCCAAAUGAUCGCUGAUCUGUGUAUCAAACAUGAUGCUCUGUGCAUCAGUGACGAGGUGUACGAGUGGCUGACGUAUGACGGAGCCAAGCAUGUAAAGAUAGCCAGCCUGCCUGGCAUGUGGGAACGAACCAUCACCGUUGGCAGCGCUGGAAAGACCUUUAGUGCUACUGGCUGGAAGGUUGGCUGGGCUAUGAGCUCUGGACAUAUCAUCAAACACCUGAAAGCCAUGCAUCAGAGCUCUGUUUUUGACUGUGCAACCGCUGCUCAGGAGGCAGUCGCUCGUGGAUUUGAGAGAGAAUACGAGGUGUUUGGGACUCAAGAGAGCUACUUCCAGCAGCUGCCUGCGAUGCUGCACCACAAGAAGAAGAAGCUGGCCUUGUGUCUCCAGAAUGUGGGACUGCAGCCCGUCAUGCCAGAGGGAGGUUAUUUUAUGGUUGCAGAUGUCUCCUCUGAACUACUUGAAGCUUAUUUAUAUGUUCAUACUGGGAGCUACAGUUGUUGGUUACAUCAUAAACUGUAUUCCCCUCCUGGCAAAGAAGUGGACUUCAAUGACCAGAGCACUGAGGACGAACCCUAUGACUUCAGAUUUUCCAAGUGGCUAAUUAAAGAGAAGGGUUUGGCAACAAUCCCUGUCUCUGCAUUCUACAGUCCGGAGCACAGAAAGGAUUUCGACAAAUAUAUCCGAUUCUGUUUUGUCAAGGAGGACUCCACGCUGGAUGCAGCAGAAGACGUCUUGAGAAAGUGGAGGAUCAAAAAGUAAAAUGUCCCACAAUGUGGAGCAGAGUGACAUGCAUUGCACGUCCGUCCAGAUUUAACCAGGCUAUUCAAACUGACUUGGGUUGUCUGAGCUGAAUUGAGCUACAUCCUUACCCACACACACACACACACACACACACACACACACACACACACACACACACACACACGCAAUGUGGUACUGUAGAUGCACAAAACACAGCCUCCACUUUAACUUUUUUCUCACACUAUACUUGUGAAAACACCCAGGCUUUGAAAAAAUCAUUGUAAAUAUUUCUGUAUAAUGACUUUAAGCAAAAAACUGUACAUGAAACUUUUUGUCAAUAUUCUGUUGUGUUGUGUGUCAGAAAAGCAAAGAAAAAUGUUAAAUAAAGCUCUUAGUAAAGCCACUGCAGCUA